AUGUCUCUGGCGGAAAGCUCAGAAACACGGAAGGCACGAUUGCAGGAGUUAAAGCAGAGGAAGGAAGCGAGUCAAGGAAUUAUCAAGAAUCGUAACUUUGACCCAGAAUCACGAACUUUGAAAAAACAUACGGCGUCUGAAGAUGUAGAGAUGGAUACUGUGGAGAAGAACAUCGAUGGAUUGGCGCAGUUAGUUAUCGCAGAGGAUGAAGAGAAAAGGGCCGAAGAGUUGAAUGUAUUCAAUAUCGCACCCAAAAGACCCAACUGGGAUCUCAAGCGUGAGACUGACAAGAAAUUAGCCAAGCUAGAACGCAAGACCCAAGAAGCCAUUCAUACUCUUAUCCGCCAACGACUGGCUGCUCAAAAGGGAGAGUCCGAUGACAUUGUGGGAGCAAUGAGGGCUCAGGAAAACGCUCAAAACGAAGAGGCUCUAUCUGACGAGGAAUGA